AUGUCGUACCGUCCGCAUCCCCUGCGGCAGUCGUACACGGUCGACUACGCCACCCUCGACACUAUCAACCGCCAGCCUUCGACCACUUCGUCCUCUGCCUCGUCCGGCUAUUCCUACACCUCUGACGCCUACGACUUUGGUCGCGCCAGCACAAACUCCUCCGUCGCCACGUCCAGCGCCUAUGGUCCCUCCGGCCCCUCCGCUUACACCCAUAAGCGCGGCAAGAGCGAAGCUGCAAUCAGGCACUCGCCUGUAAGAUCCAGCACCUACGAUGAGCCCAAGUCGAACCCUCAGGACAUGUACGCCAUCGCGCGUCAGUCAUUGCGCCCCUUGCCCCAGGCCCCAGGUCCCGGCCUCAGUCCGCCUUCCCAUCAACGAUCGCCUUCCAAGCCAACCACGCCUCCGAGCCUUGUCCGCCAAGAGCGUGCCCAAAGCAUAGACUAUCCAGGUCGCACCACCUCGAAAACACCGACGCCUCCAAGUCACGGCCGCCACGAGCGUGGCCAGAGCCUGGACAUCGGGAGAUUGUCGCUGGUUGACGGCAGGACUUCGCCAACUCCGCUCUCGCGCUCUACGGCUUCGAGGCCAACGUCCAUGCUCCUCACUCGUUCCGACUCCAUCCGACAGAGUCCUGCGGGCGCCCGCGACCCUGGCGCCCUCGUCCACUCGCCAAUUGCACGCCCAGACCUUCAGCAGCUGGGCCGGUCUUCCACCAGCCAGCUGAGGACCUUGUCCAAACUUGGGAGUGCCGAGGAUUUUGCCAUCACCUCUCAAACUCAAGAAGUUGUCGGCCUACGCGGGCGCCGAAGACUGCAGCGUGCCGGUGAUGGGAACGCCGCUCCCAGCAGUGACAGGUUCGGCUUCGGCGGCCGGAACUGGAUGGAUAAGCAACGCCAGUUCCUUCAGGCCUACGAAUACCUCUGCCAUAUAGGAGAAGCCAAGGAGUGGAUCGAGGACAUUAUCCACCGACAGAUCCCCCCGAUCGUCGAGCUAGAGGAAGCACUGCGGGAUGGAGUGACUCUGGCCGAGGUCGUAGAGGCCUUGAACCCGGAUCGGAGAUUCCGCAUAUUCCGCCAUCCGCGUCUUCAAGCCCGACAUUGGGACAAUGUUGCGACCUUCUUCCGGUAUUUGGACGAGGUCGAGCUGCCGGACUUGUUCCGCUUCGAACUGAUCGACCUGUACGAGAAAAAGAACAUUCCCAAGGUCAUCUACGCCAUCCAUGCACUCAGCUGGCUUCUCUUCCGCAAAGGCAUUGUAGAUUUCAGGAUAGGCAACCUGGUCGGCCAAUUGGAGUUUGAGCACCAUGAACUGGAGGCUAUGCAGAAAGGCCUGGAUAAGCUUGGGGUCAACAUGCCUAGCUUUGGCAACAUGGGCGCCGACUUUGGUGUCGAGGCCCCUCCCGAACCUGUCGAGACUGAGGAGGAACGCAUCGACAGAGAGUUGGCCGAGAAUGAGCCCGUGAUUCUCGACCUCCAAGCACAGAUCCGAGGUGCCAUGAUGCGCAUGCGUCUGGCCAACAUCAUGAACCAACUAUGGGAUUCGGAGGAUUGGAUUGUGGAUCUCCAGUCGCGGAUACGAGGCGACUGGACCCGACAGAUCAUGGACUACAGGCUUCAGAUGAGAAAGUUCGCAGUACAACUGCAGAGCGCUGCGCGCGGCUUCAUGGUUCGCAACAGAAUGAUGAAUAGGGAACAUUUCUGGAAGAGCAAGGAGAAGAACAUCAUCAAGCUCCAGAGCAUGAUGCGGGCCAUGCGUGUCCGCAACGAGGUACGCGAGACGAGAUCUCAAUUACAGUGCGAGGACGGUCCUAUCAGGAGCAUUCAGGCAAUGUGCAAGGGUUUCCUCGCACGCGAGAGGGUCUGCGCUCAACAGCAAGAGUCAAGCCAAAUGCAGGGGCCCAUCAUGGACCUGCAGUCAGCCAUUCGCGGCAUGCUGUUGAGAGGCAGGGUCGAGAAGGAUCUCUAUUUUCUCGAACAAGAAGCCCAGGCCAUCCGUGGCCUGCAGGCUGCUACGAGGGCCAUGCUGACAAGAAACCAGGUCAAUCGACAACGAGCUGCUCUGGAGCAGUUCACACCACAGUGGGAGGCUCUGCAAGCCGCUCACAGAGGUGGUGUGGUCCGGUCCAAUGUACAAGCAACCAAGACCGAGUUACACCAGCACAGCACGGAAAUCUGUUCUUUGCAGUCUCACAUCCGCGCUGCAGCCGUACGUAGAGCGAUCGCUGACACACUAGAUGCUCUGCACGACCACGAGACAUCUGUGAUCGAUCUACAGUCCAUGGCGAGAGGCAUGCUGGAGCGUCAACGGAUAGCUGCUGAUCUUGACGACCUGGAGAACCUCACCUCCGAGAUCACGGACCUGCAGGCUAAGAUCCGAGGUGCACAGUUUAGGAAGGAGCACUUCGCCUUCUUGGAUGAGUUGAAGUCUCAUGAGCAGGAAGUCACAUCCUUGCAAGGUCUGGUUCGCGCCAUGCUUUGUCGAGCUCGUAUUGGCGAUCUGCUGGCUGAGCUCGACGAGCAUGAGGAAGAGAUCAUCGAGCUGCAGGCCCUCGCAAAGGGCUUCAUCGUUCGCGCCAAGUUCGAGGAGAAGAAGAAGCAUUUCAAUGAGAACAUGCAGAAAGUCAUCAAGAUUCAGAGCUUUGUCCGCGGCAAGCUCCAAGGCGAGGCGUACAAGAGCCUAACCACAGGAAAGAACCCUCCUGUUGGCGCUGUCAAGAACUUUGUGCACCUUCUCAACGACAGCGAUUUUGACUUCAAUGAGGAGAUAGAAUUCGAAAGAUUGCGCAAGACGGUCGUGCAACAAGUCCGACAAAAUGAAAUGCUCGAGCAGUAUAUUGAUCAGCUGGACAUCAAAAUCGCCCUUCUAGUCAAGAACAAGAUCACCCUAGAUGAGGUUGUCCGGCACCAGAGCAACUUUGGCGGACAUGCCAGCAGUCUGUUGGCCAAUUCGUCAAUGGCGUCCGCCAACCAAUUUGAUCUGAAGGCACUGAACAAGAGUUCACGGAAGAAGCUCGAGUCUUACCAGCAACUGUUCUUCAACUUGCAGACCCAGCCUCAGUAUCUUGCUCGUCUUUUCAAGAGGCUCCGCGAGCAGGGGACGGCCGAGAAGGAGUGCAAGCGGAUUGAGCAUCUGAUCAUGGGUCUCUUCGGAUACGCGCAAAAACGCAGAGAGGAGUACUACCUUUUGAAGCUCGUUGCCAGAUCCAUUCGAGAGGAAGUCGAUACCUGCAACUCCAUCCAGGACUACCUCCGCGGAAACUUUUUUUGCUCCCGGCUGCUGGGCAAUUAUACCCGGUCGCCUAGAGACAGGAAAUAUUUGAGAGAUCUGCUUGGCCCCAUGAUCCGGGACAACAUCGUGGAAGAUCCGGAACUCGACUUGGAGAGUGACCCGAUGUUGAUCUACAGAUCGGCUAUCAACAACGAGGAACUCCGGACUGGCCGGCCAAGCCGAAGACCGCUCGAUGUCCCCAGAGACAUCGCCAUCAAGGACCCAGAGACCCGUGAACUCUUCAUCGACCACCUUCGGGAUCUUCGGGAAAUCUGUGAUCAGUUCUUCAACGCGCUCGAAGACUUCCUACCGCGGAUGCCAUAUGGUCUGCGCUUCAUCUGUAUGCAGACCUUUGAGGCGUUGCGCCAGCGAUUCAAGAAAGAGCCACAGCAUCAGGUUCUGCAGCUUGUCAGCAACUGGCUGUGGCGAUUCUACCUGCAACCAGCCGUUAUCAACCCUGAGCAAGUCGGCGUCAUGGAGAAGAGCCUGAGUCCUCUCCAGAAGCGCAACUUGAGUGAAGUGGCCAAGGUGCUCAGCCAAAUCGCGUCUGGGCGACCGUUCGGCGGCGAGAACAUCUACCUGCAGCCUCUGAAUGCAUUCAUCGCAGACUCCGUCGACCGUCUUGCCCAUAUCACGAACGACCUUAUCUCAGUCCCAGAUGCCGAGAACACCUUCGACAUCGACGAGUUCAAUGACCUCUACGCCAAGAACAGGCCCACCCUUUACAUCAAGAUGGCCGACAUCUUUGCCAUCCACAACCUCAUCGCCCAAGAACUCCCCUACAUUAGCCCUGGCCGUGAUGACGUAUUGCGAGAGAUCAUGCAGGAUCUCGGUAGCGCCAAGAGCAACGAGAACGAAAUGCUUGCGGCUGGCUCCUCAGAUAUCCAGAUGUUCCUGACCCCGAAACUUCAUGAUGUCGAAGACCCUGAUGCUGAGGUCAAAGCACUCUUCAUGGAGACAAAGCGUUGCAUCCUGUACAUUAUUCGUGUGCAGACUGGCGCGAACCUUCUUGAGAUUCUCGUCCGUCCACCAACUCAAGAGGAUGAGGUCAAAUGGCAGAACGUUCUGCACGAGGAUUUCACAUCUGGCGACAACACCAAGGGCGCAUAUUCCGACGCGAACAUGGUAGAUGUCACUCGCAUGUCUUACUACAACAUGAAGCGCAAUGCUCUGGAGAACGUAAUGCGACUCGAGCAGUUGGGCCGUAUCUCCAAGCACAACUUUUACCAGGAUGUCCUUAACGCCAUUGCCCUUGACAUCCGUACCAAGAGCAGGAGGCGUAUCCAGCGCCAGCGUGAGCUUGAAGGCGUCAGAAUGACGCUCGGCAACCUGCACGAGAAGGCCCAGUACCUGGAGCAGCAGCGCAAGAGUUACGAUGACUACAUUGAACAAGCUAUGGCGACGCUGCAAAAGAGCAAAGGCAAAAAACGAUUCCUCCUUCCCUUUACCAAGCAGUACAACCACCAGCGUGAGCUUGAGCGUUCCGGACGCGUUCCCAAGUUCGGCUCUUACAAGUAUAGCGUACGUUCUUUGGCCGACAAAGGCGUAGUCGUCGAGUGGCAAGGCGUCGCUGAGCGCGACUGGGGUGUUAUCAACCUGACAAUUAGCUGCGACGAGGUCGGAAUCUUCAAUGUCGAGGGCAGUCGCGGUCACAUCCAGACCCCCGGGGCCAGCGCUACUGUCUCAAUCGAGGAUCUACUGCAGGCACAAUUCGAGUCCCAUCAGUUCAUCAACUUGUUUGAGGGCAACCUGAGACUCAAUGUCAACCUGCUGCUGCACCUACUGUACAAGAAGUUCUACCGGACGCAGUAA